AUGGGGUUCUCUGCCCCGCCCCCCUCCAGCCCGCUGAGCUCCAGAGGAGUAGAGGACAUGUAAGGACAGACUAGAGGCUCUUAUUGGCUGGAUGUUUCUACGUUAUUAUUGGCUGUUAACCCUGAAAUUUGCGCUGGAACAUUUCUGUAGGUCCCACCAGAGACCCCCUACCUGUCACAACCCCAGUAUGAGGAGAGAGCAGGACCGUCUGGACUCCUUCCACUCCUGGCACCUGUCCAUCAUCACCCCCUCUGAGCUGGCCAAGGCUGGUUUCUACUACCUGGGACAGGGCGACCGCGUGGCCUGCUUCACCUGUGGAGGACAGGUACUGUACAGGUCACUCUUAAAUUACGGUGGCAUUUGCAACCAUGAAGAAAUACUUUAAAAUUACAAAUAGUUACACAUCGUUUGUGUUUAUAUUGUUUUACUCUCUACAAACAAAGGCCCUUGGAUCUUCAGACAAAGCCUCAUUUUCAGAUGAAUUGAUGUUGUGAUUGAUUUACUGACUCCUCUCUGUGUGUCUCUAGCUCAGUAACUGGGAACCAGGGGACCGGGCCGUGUCGGAGCACCAGAGGCAUUACCCCAACUGUCGCUUCGUCAGAGGAGACCGGGCCGACAACGUGUCCCUGGCCGGGGGGGUGGGGGGAGUCGGGGGGGUCGGGGUGGUGGGGGUUGUAGCAGGUACCUCUCAGCCCACCGGGACAGCAGCCCCGGCCCCCGGCCCCCCCGGCCCCCCGGGCCUCAGUAACGUGUCUAACCCAGCCAUGCUGCAGCGUGAGGAGAGGCUGCUGACCUUCGUCCACUGGCCCUUACGGAUCCCUGUUCGCCCUGAUCAGCUGGCCAAGGCAGGAUUCUACUACGUCGGUAAGAGAAAGACUUAUCAUUAUUUAUUUGUGUUUAAUGUAUUUAAUUAUUUAUUACAUUUUUUUAUUACAUGUUUAUUUAUAUUAAAUAUUUAUUUUGGAUGUAUUUAAUGCUGCAAUAUGUAUCUUUUUGGGCAACCUGACCAAAUCCACAUAGAAAUGUGAGUUAUAGAUCUGUCAUUCUCAUUGAAAGCAAGUCUAAGAAGCGGUAGAUCUGUUCUAUGUCCACUAUUUCUAUGUUUCUCGUUCUUAUGUUUAGUUUUAGCGUAUUUUACUUUCGAUUUUGUACACCAGCUUCAAACAUCUGAAAACACUAUUUUUGGUUAUUGGAAAUAUAUUUCACAGUGGUUUAGAUGGUACAAUGACUCUCUACACUCGUUACCAGUCCCUCUACACUCGUAACCAGUCCCUCUACACCUCGUAACCAGUCCCUCUACACCUCGUAACCAGUCCCUCUACACCUCGUAACCAGUCCCUCUACACCUCGUAACCAGUCCCUCUACACCUCGUAACCAGUCCCUCUACACCUCGUAACCAGUCCCUCUACACCUCGUAACCAGUCCCUCUACACUCGUAACCAGUCCCUCUACACCUCGUAACCAGUCCCUCUACACCUCGUAACCAGUCCCUCUACACCUCGUAACCAGUCCCUCUACACCUCGUAACCAGUCCCUCUACAACCUCGUACCCAGUCCCCUACAACCGCUUAACCAUCCCUCUACACCUCGUAACCAGUCCCUCUACACCUCGUAACCAGAUCCCUCUACACCCUCGUAACCAGUCCCUCUACACCGUAACCAUCCCUCUACACCUCGUAACCAGUCCCUCUACACUCGUAACCAGUCCCUCUACACCUCGUAACCAUCCCUCUACACCUCGUAACCAGUCCCUCUAACACCUCGUAACCAGUCCCUCUACACCUCGUAACCAGUCCCUCUACACCUCGUAACCAGUCCCUCUACACCUCGUAACCAGUCCCUGUUGGGGGGUUUCUUAAUGCAGGGGUUUCUCAUGAACAUCACACUGGGAACACCACACACACACACACACACACACCACACACACACACACACACACACACAACACACACACACACACACACACCACACACCCAUGUGGCAUAGUCAUACAGUAAGUACUUUGGGCCUGAUAACGAUGAUGAUGAUGGUGUGUGUUGCAGGGCGUGAUGAUGAUGAUGGUGUGUGUUGCAGGGCGUGAUGAUGAUGAUGGUGUGUGUUGCAGGGCGUAAUGAUGAUGAUGGUGUGUGUUGCAGGGCGUAAUGAUGAUGAUGAUGGUGUGUGUUGCAGGGCGUAAUGAUGAUGAUGGUGUGUGUUGCAGGGCGUGAUGAUGAUGAUGGUGUGUGUUGCAGGGCGUGAUGAUGAUGAUGGUGUGUGUUGCAGGGCGUGAUGAUGAUGAUGGUGUGUGUUGCAGGGCGUGAUGAUGAUGAUGGUGUGUGUUGCAGGGCGUAAUGAUGAUGAUGGUUGUGUGUUGCAGGGCGUGAUGAUGAUGAUUGGUGUGUGUUUGCAGGGGCGUGAUGAUGAUGAUGGUGUGUGUUGCAGGGCGUAAUGAUGAUGAUGAUGGUGUGUGUUGCAGGGCGUGAUGAUGAUGAUGAUUAUGAUGGUGUGUGUUGCAGGGCGUAAUGAUGAUGAUGAUGGUGUGUGUUGCAGGGCGUGAUGAUGAUGAUGAUGGUGUGUGUUGCAGGGCGUGAUGAUGAUGAUGAGAUGGUGGGUGUUGGGCAGAGGGCAAAGUGAUGAUGAUGAUGAUUAUGAUGGUGUGUGUUGCCAGGGCGUAAUGAUAUAAUGAUGGUGUGUGUUGCAAGGGCGUGAAUGAGGAUGAUGAUGAUGGAUGGUGUGGUGUUGCAGGGCGUAAUGAUUAUGAUGAAUGAUGAUGGUGUGUGUUAGCAGGGCGUAUAUGAGGAUGAUGGUGGGUGGUUGCAUGGGCGUGAUGGAUUAAUGAUGGUUUGUUUGCAGGCGUAUGGAUGAUGAUGGUGUGGUUGCCAAGGGCGUGAUGAUGAUGAUGAUGAUAUGGUGUGUGUUUGCAGGGCGUAAUGAUGAUGAUGGUGGGUGUGUUGCAGGGCGUGAUGAUGAUGAUGGUGUGUGUUUGCAAAGGGCGUGAUGAUGAUGAUGGUGUGUGUUGGCAAGGGCGUAAAGAUGAUGAUGGAUGGUGUGUUGCAGGGCGUGAUGAUGAUGAUGGUGUGUGUUGCAGGGCGUAAUGAUGAUGAUGGUGUGGUGUUGCAGGGCGUGAUGAUGAUGAUGGUGUGUGUUGCAGGGCGUGAAUGAUGAUGAUGGUGGUGUGUUGCCAGGGCGUGAUGAUGAUGAUGGUGUGUGUUGCAGGGCGUGAUGAAUGAUGAUGGUGUGUGUUGCAGGGCGUGAUGAUGAUGAUGGUGUGUGUUGCAGGGCGUGAUGAUGAUGAUGGGUGUGUGUUUGCAGGGCGUGAUGAUGAUGAUGGUGUGUGUUGCAGGGCGUGAUGAUGAUGAUGGGUGUGUGUUGCAGGGCGUGAUGAUGAUGAUGGUGUGUGUUGCAGGGCGUGAUGAUGAUGAUGGUGUGUGUUGCAGGGCGUGAUGAUGAUGAUGGUGUGUGUUGCAGGGCGUGAUGAUGAUGAUGGUGUGUGUUGCAGGGCGUGAUGAUGAUGAUGGUGUGGUGUUGCAGGGCGUGAUGAUGAUGAUGGGUGUGUGUUGCAGGGCGUGAUGAUGAUGAUGGUGUGUGUUGCAGGGCGUGAUGAUGAUGAUGGUGUGUGUUGCAGGGCGUGAUGAUGAUGAUGGUGUGUUUUGCAGGGCGUGAUGAUGAUGAUGGUGUGUGUUGCAGGCGUGAUGAUGAUGAUGAUGGUGUGUGUUGCAGGGCGUGAUGAUGAUGAUGGUGUGUGUUGCAGGGCGUGAUGAUGAUGAUGGUGUGUGUUGCAGGGCGUGAUGAUGAUGAUGGUGUGUGUUGCAGGGCGUGAUGAUGAUGAUGGUGUGUGUUGCAGGGCGUGAUGAUGAUGAUGGUGUGUGUUUGCAGGGCGUGAUGAUGAUGAUGGUGUGUGUUGCAGGGCGUAAUGAUGAUGAUGGUGUGUGUUGCAGGGCGUGAUGAUGAUGAUGGUGUGUGUUGCAGGGCGUGAUGAUGAUGAUGGUGUGUGUUGCAGGGCGUAAUGAUGAUGAUGAUGGUGUGUGUUGCAGGGCGUAAUGAUGAUGAUGAUGGUGUGUGUUGCAGGGCGUAAUGAUGAUGAUGAUGAUGAUGGUGUGUGUUGCAGGGCGUGAUGAUGAUGAUGAUGAUGGUGUGUGUUGCAGGGCGUAAUGAUGAUGUGAAGUGUUUCUGCUGUGACGGGGGUCUGAGGUGCUGGGAGUCAGGUGACGACCCCUGGGUGGAGCACGCCAAAUGGUUCCCUAGGUAACCACCCAUUACAUCACUGGCGUAUUGGUCCAGUUCCUGCCUGACCUAGAUGAGGCACCAAUGGUUGUGUGCCACGUCAUCGACUGGGCAGUUGGGCAUCAGAUUGAUACAUCAUACUGUAUGAUGUGGUUUUAGCUAAUAUGUUAAACACUUAUCCAGACUUUGUUAGAUCUGCCAUGUGUCUGCCAUGUAGUCAGUCAGGAACUCAACGUGUGUGUGUGUUGGUUACUGCAAGUGCCUUCAGAAACUAUUCACACCCAUUGACUUUCCACAUUUUGUUGUUACAAAGUGGGAUUCAAAUGGACAAAAACAUUUUCAAUUAUAUCAACGAUCAACACAAAAUGCUCUGUCAAAAUUCAAACUAUUGUAAAAAUAAUAAUAAAAUAAAAAAUAAUAAUAAUAAUAGGAAAAUAAAACACUAAUACAGUAUGUCUUGAUUAGAUCAGUAUUCAACCCCCGGAGUCAAUCACCAUCUUUUCAAAAGCUCUGUCAGAUUCCUGGAUAAACAAUGACAUAAAACACCAGGCGAAUCGACUGGAGUUGGUUACCAAGGAGAUGGUGAAUGUUCCUGAGUGGCCGAGUUACAGUUUUGACUUAAAUCUUUGGCGAGACUUAAAAAUGGUUGUUUAGCAAUAAUCAACAACCUAUUUGACAGAGCUUGAAGAAUUUUAAAAAGAAUAAUGUGCAAAUGUUGUACAAUCCAGGUGUGGAAAGUUCUAGAGACUUACCCAGAAAGACUCACAGCUGUAAUCACUGCCAAAGGUGAUUCUAACAUGUAUUGACUCAGGGGUCUGAAUACUUAUGUAAAUUGCAAAAAUGUAAAUUAGAUAUUUCUGUAUUUCAUUUUCAAUAAAUUGCAAAAAUGACUAAAAAUAUUUUUUCACUUUGUCAUUAUGGGGUAUUGUGUUUAGAUGAGUGAGAAACGAUUUCAUCUCAUUUUAAUUCAGGCUGUAACACAACUAAAUGGGGAAUAAGUCAAGGGGUCUGAAUACUUUCUGAAGGCACUGUAUUAAUGUAACUAUGGUAACCUCCAGGUGUCAGUAUAUAUGCAUGUGACUAUGGUAACCUGUCAGUAUAUAUUAAUGUGACUAUGGUAACCUGUCAGUAUAUAUUAAUGUGACUAUGGUAACCUCCAGGUGUCAGUAUAUAUUAAUGUGACUAUGGUAACCUGUCAGUAUAUAUUAAUGUGACUAUGGUAACCUGUCAGUAUAUAUUAAUGUGACUAUGGUAACCUGUCAGUAUAUAUUAAUGUGACUAUGGUAACCUCCAGGUGUCAGUAUAUAUUAAUGUGACUAUGGUAACCUGUCAGUAUAUAUUAUUGUGACUAUGGUAACCUGUCAGUAUAUAUUAAUGUGACUAUGGUAACCUCCAGGUGUCAGUAUAUAUUAAUGUAACUAUGGUAACCUCCAGGUGUGUGUAUAUAUUAAUGUAACUAUGGUAACCUCCAGGUGUGUGUACCUGCUCCAGGAGAAAGGUCAGGAGUUUGUCCAUCAGAUCCAGGCUCGCUUCCCUCGGCUCUUUGAACAGGUAACACCUGCUUAUACACCUUAUUCACGCCAUAGUUUUAUUUACCAACAAUCACAACGGGGUAGGCCUGUUGGAGCCAAAACCAGAACUCUUCAUAAAGUGUGACCUGUAGAAACGUCCUAAAGUGUAACUGCUAAACCUACGCACUAUAACCAACGUAUUUUAUUUGGGAUACCCUGAAGAGCUAGUGCAUUGAGGAGUUAUCUGCCCUUAUUAGCCGUCUGGCAGAACAUCGUGGUCACCGAGCUCCAAACUGCCUCUAGAAGCAACAUCAGCACAGGAACUGUUCGUCGGGAGCUUCCUGCGUUGUAUUGAUAAAAUGGAGGUCUCGUUGCGCUAUCAACUCUGCAGGAGUUGUGUAUAUACUCCGCCCUCUCCCGGGAUGAAGUCAAACACCCUGACCUUCAGUGCCACAAUUUCCUGCUCGCGGAGGGCUACAGAGAAGAGGUCGCUACGCUGGGCAUACUAA